GGGCGGGGGGGGCGGGGCGUGCGGUGACGCGUGCCCGGCCGGCGCGGUGACGUCACGCGCGCUGCCCGCCAUGCCGCGGGUUUACAUCGGGCGCCUCAGCUACCAGGCCCGGGAGCGGGACGUGGAGCGGUUCUUCAAGGGCUACGGCAAGAUCCUGGAGGUGGAUCUCAAGAACGGGUAUGGCUUUGUUGAGUUUGAUGAUCUGCGAGAUGCAGAUGAUGCUGUUUAUGAGCUGAAUGGGAAAGAUCUUUGUGGGGAGAGAGUGAUCGUUGAGCACGCCCGAGGCCCCCGGCGCGACAGCAGUUACGGUUCUGGACGCAGUGGAUAUGGUUAUAGAAGAAGCGGAAGAGAUAAGUACGGUCCUCCCACCCGUACAGAAUACAGAUUGAUUGUGGAAAACUUGUCCAGCCGCUGCAGUUGGCAAGAUCUGAAGGAUUAUAUGCGUCAGGCAGGGGAGGUGACAUAUGCAGAUGCACACAAAGGAAGGAAAAAUGAAGGUGUGAUUGAGUUCAAAUCCUAUUCUGACAUGAAAAGAGCCCUUGAAAAGCUGGACGGGACAGAAGUAAAUGGCAGAAAGAUUAGAUUAGUGGAAGACAGACCUGGAUCGAGACGGCGCCGCUCUUAUUCCAGAAGCCGAAGCCAUUCCAGGUCUCACUCUCGAAGCAGACAUUCCCACAAGAGCAGGAGCCGCAGUGCCAGCAGCAGUCGCUCCAAGAGCAGAUCAAGAUCCAGGUCUGUGUCCCGUUCCAGAAGCAAGAGCCGUAGUCGAAGCAAGAGCCGUAGCAGAGGCCAAAAAGAGAAAAGCAGGACUCCAAGUAAAGAGGAUAAAAGCAGGAGCCGCAGCAGGAGUGCAGAGAAAUCCCGAAACAAGAGUAAAGACAAAUCUGAGGGCACUCUCCAUAACAGUGAUGAGAGGGCAAAGAGCAGGAGCCACAGCAAGGAGAAGAGCAGGAGCAGGAGUAAGGACAGGGGAGAAACGAGGGAGAGCAUGAGGAGCAGGAGCAAGGAGAAGAGUAGAAGCAAAGACAGGGAGAAGAGCAUUAGCAAGGCUAGAAGUAGGAGCAAGAGCAGGGAUGAGAGUAGGGGCAGGGAUGAGAGUAGGAGCAGGAGCCACAGUAAGGAUAAAAGGAAAAGUAGGAAGAGAAGCAGGGAUGAGAGCAGAAGUAGAAGCAGGAGCCGCAGCAAGAGUGAGAAAAGCAAGAGGCGCAGCAAGAGAGACAGCAAAGCCAGCAGCAAGAAGAAGAGGAAGGACAGCCCUGAGAGGUCCAGGUCAGCUUCCAAAGAGAAGGAGCAUCUGAAAUCGGAUCCUGACAAAAAGGAGGCAAAAAGGGAGGCUGAGGAUGGAGCAGCACGGCGAGCAUCUCGCUCCAGGUCGAGGUCGAUUUCCAAGUCGAAACCAAAUGUCAAAUCAGAUUCUCGCUCCAGGUCUAAAUCGGUUUCAAAACCUGGAUCCAGAUCCAAGUCCAGAUCUAGAUCUGCCUCUAGGUCACACUCCCGAUCCCGGUCAAGGUCUCGCUCCAGAUCCUAACCUUGCUCCAACCACACCUGGAAUGGUUGGAAUAGUCUUUUGUACAUGUUCAGUAGCUGUAGCACAAGUGAAGUAGAAAACCUGUCGAUGCUGUAUGUUUUUCACACCCCUGGUGGGCUGGCUGGCACUGCAGUGCCCCCUCCCUGCCCUGCUCCCUGGUGCAAGGCUCUUCAGCUCAUUUUCUGUCCUUCAGAAAGGUUCUCUUUAAAUAUAACUCUUCCAAGAGCUCCCAAAUUGCCCUGUUUUCCAGGAAGAGCCUGGCAGGGAAGGAGCACUGCUCAUUGGUGGGUUUCUGAGAUGCCAGUGAUGACUGGUAGGUAGGUAUGAUGGCUUCAGCAGUCUUUGCCCUUGAACUGGUGCCCUUUGAUGUUUGCCAUUUAGUGGAAGUGCUUCAGUCUUUUAAGUUUCAUACUACUUUUGUUUCAUAUUUCUUUGGACUGACAAAAGUUGUGAAUAGCACAGUCCCAAGAGGAGAUAAAAAUAGGUACUUGCAGUAAUUCAUAGGGAAAAGGAGUAUCGUUCCAUAUUCUGGUAUGACAAUCUUCUGGUGACAAUAUCCUUGUUUUAUAUUAAAUUUUUUUAUUUUAUUUUUCCCUGUCUUGCAAAGUACAGUGAUUCCUGUUUCCAUGAAAUUUGAAUAAAGACUAUUUUUGCUUGAUGAUA